AUGGUUGAUGUUGCUUCGCCAAUUUCGAACGGUUCCCCCGUCGCGUCCCGCGCCUCGCCCACUCCGAGCAGCCAGGAAGCUUCUCUUGUUGAGCGCACCAACCCUAUGGGCUCCGGCAACGCUCAGACUGUCAGCUCGCGCGACCCCAAGGCUGUCGCUCAGGCUGCCAAUGACAUGAAGAAUGUUGUCCGCCGCAAGUUGACCGGCUACGUUGGCUUCGCCAACCUGCCCAACCAGUGGCACCGCAAGAGUGUCCGCAAGGGGUUCAACUUCAACGUCAUGGUUGUCGGUGAAUCUGGCCUCGGAAAGUCCACUCUCGUCAACACCCUGUUCAACACCUCCCUCUAUCCUCCCAAGGAGCGUCCUGGUCCCAAUGCCGACAUCAUCCCCAAGACUGUGUCGAUUCAGUCGACCAGCGCCGAUAUUGAGGAGAAUGGCGUCCGCCUGCGCUUGAGUGUGAUCGACACUCCUGGUUUUGGUGACUUUGUGAACAACGAUGAUUCGUGGCGCCCUAUUGUCGAGAACAUCGAGCAGCGUUUCGACACCUACCUCGAGGCCGAGAACAAGGUCAAUCGCAGCAACAUCGUUGACAACCGCAUUCACGCUUGUGUCUACUUCAUUCAACCCACUGGCCACUCCCUGAAGCCUCUCGAUAUCGAGGUUAUGCGCCGUCUUCACACCAAGGUCAACUUGAUUCCCGUUAUCGCCAAGGCUGAUACCCUGACCGACGACGAGAUCGCGCUGUUCAAGCAGAGAAUCCUUGCCGACAUCCAGCAUCAUUCGAUUCAGAUCUUCGAGGGCCCCCGCUACGAACUUGACGACGAAGAGACCAUUGCCGAGAACCAGGAGAUCAUGUCCAAGGUGCCGUUCGCUGUUGUUGGUGCCAACUCCGAGGUGACUGCCUCCGACGGCCGCCGUGUCCGUGGCCGUAGCUAUCCCUGGGGCGUUAUCGAGGUCGAUAACGAGGAGCACUGUGACUUCGUCAAGCUGCGCCAGAUGCUGAUCCGCACUCACAUGGAAGAGCUCAAGGAGCACACCAACAACUUCCUCUACGAAAACUACCGUUCCGACAAGCUCACACAGAUGGGUGUGGCCCAGGACCCCAGCGUGUUCAAGGAGGUCAACCCUGCCGUCAAGCAGGAGGAGGAGCGCACACUGCACGAGCAGAAGCUUGCCAAGAUGGAGACCGAAAUGAAGAUGGUCUUCCAACAAAAGGUCUCCGAGAAGGAAAGCAAGCUGAAACAGAGCGAAGACGAGCUCUACGCCCGUCAUCGCGAGAUGAAGGAGCAACUAGAUCGACAGCGCCAGGAAUUAGAGGAGAAGAAGUCUCGACUGGAGAGUGGUCGUCCCAUCGAAAAGGAGCCCAAGCGAAAGGGAUUCUCACUUCGCUAA